UGGCGCCCAUUUGUACACUUCGCUCCUCUCUCUCUCUCUCUCCCCCCGCCACUGCCGCACCCAUGGACUCCGACCCCGGCUCCUCCCUCCUCACCAAACUCCAAUCCCCCGAGCUCCACCACAUCCACCAUCUCUUCUCCGAUUACCUCCACCCCUUCACCGACCUAACUCCAAACCCCAAAAAGUCCAAAAAACCCUCCAACCUCGACCACACCACCUCCGUUCGCUCCCUCGCCAAAAGAUUCCUCCCUUUCCUCAACCGCUCCCUCUCACUGAUCCACAAACGCCUCUCCGAAACCCCCAAAAUCGACGAAAAACUCGCCCUCCAAUUGUUCAGCACGUAUAAACUAUGUUUGGACUGCCUGGACUGCGUUUCUUCGCAGUUGGAGUGCAAACCCUACGCCGUCUGUAUCCAGAGGGUUCGGCUGAUGCACUGCUUAGAGGCGUGGGGCCGGCACGGCGAGGCCCAGAGCGAGGGUUUUUUUGUGCUGGAGAGGCUGAGGGGGAUUGAGAUUGGCGGUGGUAACGGGCCGAAGAAGACGGCGAAGAAGAAGUGCCGGUACGUUCCGGUUUUGGGGGAAGAGAGCGGCGUGGAUCGUGAUUUCGCUGUGUUGGUUGUGGAGAUUGUGGUGACGCUCGUGAAUUGUGUUUACGUUAGCCAGAGUAAGCAGGAAGGAGAGUAUCGGAGAGUAAUUGUUUUGGUGGACGAGGCGGCACCGUGGUUUAGGGUCUUAGAUGCAAGUGCAUAUGACAAGUUGCACAGGGUGCUUGUGACAUAUCUGAAUAGAUGCACUUUGUUUUUGGUUGGAGAGCUAAUGACUUUCAACAAUGAUCUGGUGCGGGAGUUCUGCUCAGCAACAUUUGCUGAGUAUUCCAAGUCAGCCGUGAAAGAUCAGCUGCAGAAGUUAACUCGCAGGAUAUGCUCUUCCUUGUUCUCAGUACAAGGCAACCACUUGUCAUCCAUCAUUGAUAUAUUGACAUGCGUUUUGGACUUUUUGGCCAGUGAAUGUAAGGUUGAAAUGAAAAACACGAUAAUGGAAUUCAUUGAGCUUGUGGAUUAUUGUGCUAAUAAAUGUCGAACUGCGACAAGAACUUUGUGCAGUCCACUCGCAACAUAUGUAACUAAACUAGCAGGUGAAUUCAGUCAGGUUUUGCCUCCUUUGGAUAUGCUUCUGAGGCUUUUUGGUACUGGGUUGUUUGUAAGUGACUGCAAUGACCAGUCAAGACAGGACAGCAGCAUAACCACCAGAAGCAUGAAGGAUGGAUCUGGGAUUGCAUUAUUGCUUGAUAAGGAAGAUCUGCUCCAUGAUUUGUCAGCUUUGAUUGGAAAAUUGAAAUGUUACUUUCCUGCUACCAGCAAAGCCAUUAGUUUGCCCAUUAGUGCAGAAUUACAGUAUACUGUAGGUUCUGUAUGCCAAAUAGAUUCCCACAUAAAACCAAAUUAUUACACCUCUAGAGUCUGCAAAGUGGAGAAUGGGAAGCGGUAUCUUCUGUCCUACUGUAAUGCACUGAAAUUCUUAUGCCAGCCAAUUGCUGAUUUUGUAAAUUCAGCAAAGAAAGAGAUAGUUGUUGAGACUGAAGGUGCUUCCUUUCCCACCAAGCUAAGCCUUAUCCAGGAUGCACUCCAUCAAUUUAUUGAUGUGUAUAAUUUUUGCCACAGUGCAUGUGAACGGGAGAGCAAUGAUUUUGAUGAUUACGAGAAUACAAUAGUCAGUGUAGCUGUGGCUGCCUUGACUCUCUCCUUCAGGACUAAACUUUACCUCAAGGAGAGUAUCAGUUUCGUUAAGCAAGUUAUUUCAGUUGACUGGAUUCAAGCUAAUGAUUUAAAAUACAUAUUUGCCGCUCUUUACAAUGUUGGUAUUGCUCUGUACAGGAAUAAGCAAGUGAAAGAGGCUUCGGUGGCAGUGAAAUUAUGUUGUAGGGCAUCGUGGACUUGUGUUUCAUUUCUUUGCAAGUCUUUUGCAAACAAAUCGAAUAGGUUUCACACUGAUGUGUCAGAAGAUUCUGUCACGAUUUCUGUCAGUGAAGCAUGUGCCAAAAGUGCAUUUCUUCUUGAUUUACUUUAUCAAUGUAACAGUCAUGAUAAGCUGAGUAAAACAAUGAGUUACUGUCUUGAAAACUGGUCUGCUGCUGAAAAUCUAUUCAAUAAGCUGCCAAGUCCAGUAGCUUUGGUGAAGCAGUGGGUAAAGAUAGAAUGUAAACUUUGUAAGGAACCGAAUACAGAGCACAUUGCUACAACCUUGUAUUCUUUGAUGUCAUCUUCUGAAAGGGUGUCAGUAAGGUCACUUGGCAUAAUUUUAGAGCAGGAGCUGUUAGCAUAUCAUGACAUGAGUCCUCUGUACCCAAGGUUAAGUCAGAAGAUGCAAAUGGAUAUCAUAGAUGCCCUCGUAGAAAAGGUGUAUGUUACAGAUGAUAACUGUUUGCAGAAAUUUAAAUUUCUUAUUGCAAAAGGACGAGUAUUAAGGGCCUCUGGAAUUGAAGGUCUGAAGGGAUGUAUUCAGUGUUUAUCAGAUGUCAUAUCCAUGAUGAAUGUCAUGAAUGGCGGAGAAGUUCGACAGAGUGUAACAAUUUGUCAUCAGUUAGCUGUGGCAUAUUCCUUGCGUGCACUGUGUAUCCAGGAGGCCGAACCAAACUCCAAGCAACCUUUUGAAGAUAUUCAAGCUGCACUUAAUCUAUGGUUGAGGCCUGAUUGCUGCCUCGUGGACAACCAGUGUGAUAUUGCUUUUGAAAAUAUGCUGAUUUUGUUGUAUCAUGUAAUUGAUAUCUUAUCUAUGAAGGGCUUUACAGAAUUUCACGACCACCUGUAUGAGUUGUUGAUCAGAUUGUUUAAAAGGAAGAAUGUUCCACUGGAGAAGUGUUUGGCCUUGUUGUGGCAGUACAGAAGGCUUGGCCAUGCCCUUUGUGCUUCACCUGUGAGUGAGGGAUUCAUUACAACUUUUUCAAAGCAUUGUGGCGAAAUUUCCAAAUCUAUAAAUUUCUGGAAAAGUAGCAUGAGUGGAUCAUUGCCACUGGAAGUGGGGUUUCAGCAGAGCUUCUCCUUCAUUUUAAGUAACUUCUCCCAUGGCUCUUGUAACACUGAAUAUCCUUUCCGACCCGAACUCAAAGUUGAUGAAGUUAAGAAGGCUGCUUUGGAUCUCACUUCAAAGGUUCCUCUUUGCACCAGUUCCAUUUUUCUUGCCGCGCAUCUCUAUCAUGAUUUAUGUGGAAGAAUGGUUUUGACCGGAAGAAUAAUUGAGGCUCUUUCAUAUGCAAAAGAAGCACAUCAUUUACGCAGUAAACUCUUGAAAGAGAAAUUUAGAUACUCUGUGGAGCAGCAGACUGAAAUUUAUGAUGAAAAUGGGGCAAUUAUUCAGAAGCGUUGUUACUGUCUCAGUAGUUUUCAUAUGUAUAGUACAGUAGCUACAUCGGUUUGGGAUCCGGAUAAUAUUUCAUCCGAAAUGGAAGGCUGCCUUCUUACUCCAUGGAAUGUACUUCAGUGUUAUCUAGAAAGCAUUCUACAGGUUGGCAUCAUAUAUGAGUUAAUUGGUGAUGGAUCUGAGGCUGAAACUCUUUUACUGUGGGGGAAAAGCAUAUCCAGCUUUCAAGACUUGCCUCUUUUCAAAGUUGCAUUUUCCUCUGUCUUAGGAAUUCUGUACCGCAAGCAACAGCUAUGGGAUUUGGCAGAAAAGGAACUUCACAGUGCAAAGCAAAUAUUAGCAGAUUGCUGUGGUACCAUUUCGUGCAUCAAAUGCAGAUGGCUCUUUGAAGUUACUAUUGACCUGCACUUGGGAGAUUUAGUCAGAAGUCGCCAUGAUAAAUAUACAAUAGAAAAGCGUUCUGUAGAUGCAGAAACUCUUUACAAAUCAGCUCUGGACAAGCUUAAUCUUCCUGAGUGGAAAAAUUCAGUGAGUAGUCCUGAGGAUAUUGGCUUCGAGAACAUAACUGUUUGUGAUGCUGUUGGAAUGAAUCAUUCUCAUGUUAAUGAGUUCCCCUCCAAAGUUGAUGAAGCAGAAAUGAGAAUUGAAGCCAAAAAGACCAGAAAGACUAAGAAAGCAUUAAACCAACUGCAGGGACAAUGUUCGGUGGCAGAGCAAAAUUCAAGGAUGACUCGGUCCAGAUGUCGUUCCCAGAAAACUAAUGAUAACAUUCCCUGUGACGUACAGGUAGGGCGUGCUAAGUAUUCAAAUAAUGGGCACUGUUUUGCUCUCCCUGAUGCCCUUAGUCAGGGAGGCCCACUCUCAAAAAUUGAAAGUCCUGCUGCGGACUCUGGAUGUGAAGUUGCAUGCGUUUGCAACAAAAUGAAGUGUUGGUAUUGUCUUCCUAUUAAAGUUAUGGAAUCUGGCUGUAUAAAUGAUUUUGUGCACAUGAAAUGGGAGUUUGCCCGGAGGCGUCUUUUACUGAAACUCCUCACAGGCAUAGGAAAAUGUUUAGGUAUUCGUGGUGAAACUCAUGAAGCACGUGAAUGGUUUUUGCAAAGCAUAUCUGUGCUGGUCAGCAGGAAUCUCUUUUCUGCGAAUUCUCGUGUUCCUCCCACUACCUUGCUUGACAUGAUUGGGGAGGAAAUCCCAGGAGACCCUUUAGCAGUUGAACGUGCAACAGUACUUUACAACCUUUGUUGGUUUACAUUAAAGAGUUAUCCCUGCAAGGAUACCAGGAUCAAUUCUUGCACUGUUACCUGCAUCCAGAUACCAAGAAUCAUAUCUUGGAUGAUGCUAGCCUUCGUUCUUUGUCGUGAAAUUCCUGUUCUUGUCCAAAAGGUAUCGAGAUUGCUUGCUGCCAUUUUUGUACUUUCUUCCUCAACUGAAAUUUUUUCAUCGUACAUCUCUCCUUGCAAAGCACUCUCUGAAAGCCAUUGGGCUUCCUAUUUUCAUCAAACUUCACUUGGUACACUCUCUGAAAGCCAUUGGGCUUCCUAUUUUCAUCAAGCUUCACUUGGUACACAUCUUAACCUCAAGCUAUUAUCUACUCUGACUGGGAAGCAAAAAGUCCAAGAUCCUAUCAAUGUUGAGGGGUUUUGCCUUCCUGGUUCGAGUUCUAUUGCUUCAGAAACACUCAACUUACUCAGGCUUGCACCUGAAUCGUUCCAAGAUCUUGAAAAAUAUGUACUAAGAUUUUUCCGAAAUCUUCCUUGUACAACAAUUGUCGGUCUUAGUCUGCUUGGAGGUGCUUUUGCCAGUUUAUUGUCAGAACUGCUAGGAUAUCCUUCUCAAGCUCCUGCAUGGAUCCUAUUAUCUCGUUUGCAUUCAGAUUGUCAACCUGUUGUUUUACUUCUUCCGGUGGAUUCUAUUUUAGAAGAAGCUACUGAUGACUACAUAAGGUCUGGCUCUGGGAUCCUUUUUGAAGACAAAUCUUUUGCGAAACGCUGGCACUGUCCUUGGGGUUCCAAUGUGGUUGAUGAUUUAGCCCCAGAGUUUAAAAGGAUAUUGGAGGAGAAUUUCUCAUCAUCUUCAAUGCAUCACUUAGAAGAUACAAAAGAUAACAGGUCAUUAUGGUGGGCGCAGAGAAAUAGUCUUGAUAAGCGCCUUAGCAAAUUUUUGAGUGAUUUAGAAGAUUUGUGGUUUGGUCCUUGGAAAUUUUUGCUUUUGGGGGAGUUCUCUAGAAGCAAGCAGCAGGAGUCAGUGCUACGGAAACUUGUGCAUAAUCUGAAGGUCAAAUGUAACGUGGAUGCACAAGAGGGUCUGGUUAAAGUUAUUCUAGGAGGUGCCAAGCAUGCACGUGAGCGUGAAGAAUUUAUUUUGCAGCUAAUACUUGGCAAGGGGUGUUUCACUGGAUACUCUAAUCAAGAGAGGUGCAGUGCAUCGUCUGAUGCAUGUCAUGAGGACAAAAGUCUGUCCAAGAGGGUCUUCAAACUAACACUUGAAGCAUCCCAUGAAGUUGAUGAGGGAGAGUGUCUAAACAGGGAACCAGUAAUUCUAGUGCUAGAUUUUGAUGUGCAGAUGCUUCCAUGGGAGAAUUUACCAGUUGUGAGGAGCCAGGAGGUUUACCGCAUGCCUUCUAUUGGCAGCAUCUUUGCCACGCUUGAUAGGUGCCGUCAAUUCCAGGAGCAUGAUGUGAAGAAUGCUGGUAUCUUCCCAUUUAUAGAUCCCCUGGAUGGGUUUUAUUUGUUGAAUCCCAGUGGUGAUCUCAGCGGCACACAGGAUACAUUUGAAGAUUUUUUUAGAGAGAAAAACUUGGAGGGGAAGGCAGGAACCGCACCCACAAUUGAAGAGUUAGCUCUUGCCUUGAGAAGCCAUGACCUAUUUAUUUAUUUUGGUCAUGGAAGUGGGAUGCAGUUUAUUCCAGAGCAAGAAAUUCAGAAGCUUCAAAAUUGUGCUGCUACCCUCCUGAUGGGUUGCAGCAGUGGAUCUCUAUCUCUAAAUGGUAGUUACACUCCACAAGGUGCUCCUCUCUGCUAUCUCUUAGCAGGUUCUCCCGUCAUAGUUGCGAAUUUGUGGGAAGUGACGGACAAGGACAUCGAUCGAUUUGCCAAGGCCGUGUUUGAUUUUUGCCUAGAAGAAAGAAUAACUGAUUCCAUACGUUGUGUUCAAUGCAAUUUAGUUGCAGAAAAGUUCAACUCAAUGCAGAUAACUGGAACCAAGGGAAAUGCUAAGAAGAAAACCUCGAGAAAAAUUGAGCUGGAAAAUUUUGACUCAAGCAUCCAUAAUGACCGUUGUAACCACAGACCAAAGAUUGGUUCUUUCAUGGGUCAAGCUCGAGAAGCUUGCAAGCUCCCUUUUUUGAUAGGGGCUUCACCGGUAUGUUAUGGUGUUCCAACAGGUAUUCAUAAAAAGAAAGAUUUGUAGCAUUACAGGCAUUUCUCAUGCCGCCUCAAUUUGUUUGGAGAAGAAUCUUCACGCCUUUUGCCUUCUCUGCCCAGUAGCAGUAAGAAAAUACAAGAUAUCAUAGCACUGGCCUACCAUAAGUAGCAAAACUACUCAUCUCUUGAGCCAGAGGCUAAUGAAUGGAGGCGAGGGAGCAACUGGACAAAAUUGCAUUCUUUAACUACUAGAGCCGCCUCAAUUUGGCGCGACAAGAAUCUUCAUGCCUUUUGCCUACUCUGCCAGCAAAAUUGCAUUCUGUUACCUACUAGAGACUGUCAACAUAUGCAGCUUACCCUCCUGAUUCCUAACAGUGAAAUUGAUUGAUACUCCUUUUUCCUCUCCGAAUUUCUGCAGUAGAAGGUAGCAGGCAACAAUGCUCUGUAGCCUAAGUUAUGACAAGUGGUUUUGUAUGUUGUACGUAAUGAAACAUGGAUUGUGGAAUCUUCUAGUUCAGAGGACUAGCUUGUCCACAAAUCAUAGCGCACGUAUUCAUUGUAGUUUGUUGUAUUGCCACUUGUUUUAUCUUCCUCACAAAAGUAUACAAAUGAUACGUUAGAACCAUCUAUUCUCCUGGAA